CUACCAGCCGGCAGCCGAUGGCGACGGAGCUGUUGCCAGGGACGCGCGCUUCGGACGCAAGGAUGCCGCCGGUGCAGAGUCCCCUAAGCCUCACCAGGAGAGCGAAACUCCGCACAGGCCCGAAGUGCCGCCGCGGAGCUUGCGCAACGAGACUGCGAACGUCGCCGGCAGUCGACCCGGAGAAGUGCCGCCUAGAACGCUACAAACCGCUCCUACUAUUCCUGUCGCCGCCCCUAGGAUCUCCAAGUAUCGCCAGCAGGAGAAGGCGGUAGCGGCGGAACCGAACAGAGCGUCCGAGAAGGACGCCGCCGCACAGUCGAACGGGUCCGUCGAGGGUGCGCAGUCCCGGGUGUGGCACUCGAGCGGCGCCGCGGAGAGAGCGAACGGUAAAAUAGCCAACGGCGAAGGCGGCGUCGCAGGCAACCGGAGCCCGAGGUCGUACUUCGAGAACAGCGCGAUCGACAGGAGGAGAGAAGUGGUCGAGAUCUCGAGCGAUACAACGAAGUCGCAGAAACAAAAUGGACUAUUGCCUUUCGGCAGCAACGACUGGUUUAACGCGAAUGCGAAGAGCUCCCGCUUCCGUUACUACGACAGUGCGGGGGCGGACCCCCCGAAAGUUGGCAGGAACUCGCAGGAGGACGCACCUCCGAGGCCAGGACAGCCUCGUAGAGUACUGACCGAGGCGGAGGAAAGCGGAAGUGCCCGUAACAGUUCGACGCCGCCUCUCAAGUACCGCACAAAUGGCAAAGCAGUGCCCAGGAUCAGCAACGGUGGUACCAGCGCUGAAGAGAACGGUUCACCUGCCACCACCGAGGCCAACGGCGAAACUUCGAGAGCUCUGCCGAGGAGGUAUCGGUACGACAAACUCAAUGGCGCGGAGAACUCCAGCGAGGAGCUGACGCCGAUGCCGAAGGGCGCAGCUAGUAAAGACGACGCUAGUCCACCGUCGACGAGAAGCAGCCCUAGGUUUCGUUCGGAAUACGAUACUGCUACAGUGCGAGGGGUCGAUGCGGCGAGAAAGGACGCCCCGACGGAGAACGCAGACGUCCAGAGGAACGGCGACUCGUCCGCCGCAGCAGGCCAAGUGGCGAGGUACCGUGCGGAGACCGGGGACGGCGCUAAGCAAGCGGCGGUCGGCAACGCGGAGACGGGAGACAGGGGUGUGGCCGCGAGUCGAACACACCCGUCCAGGAGCAGCCCGCUGCUGCGCUACCAGGAGGCGCCCAGCGCCACCAGUCGGGGCCUCACCAGGCACAACAGCAGCGCGGCGGCCGCGCGCUACCAACGCCAGGGGGGCGGCGGCGGGGGCGUGGCGCGGCACCUCGACUACCGGCCCGUCUACACCCCCAACGGCCGGCCGCGCAGGGACUCCGACCCCGACCCCGUGUCCAGCCGCUGGCAGACCACCGGCCAGCAGCAGCAGCAGCAACAACAACAACAACAACAACAACAAGCUGGAGACGACGACUUCAGCAUCCCCCGGCCGCGCCUCAUCGUGCCGGUCCAUUCGUACCGCGCGCGCCGGACCGGCAAUACGUACACCUUGCCAGAGGGCCGCGUGGAGGUGUCGCGUGAGAACAAGUACCUCUCGACGCUCGCAGCGGGCAAAGUCUUCGGUGAGCUCGCCAUACUCUACAACUGCAAGAGGACCGCCACCAUCAAGGCUGCGACUGACUGUAAGCUAUGGGCUAUCGAGCGGCAAUGCUUCCAGACCAUCAUGAUGAGGACUGGCCUCAGCCGGCAGGCAGAGUACACCGACUUUCUCAAGAGUGUUCCCAUCUUCAAGAACUUACCUGAAGAAACACUCACAAAGAUAUCAGAUGUGCUGGAAGAGACAUAUUACAAUGAGGGUGACUACAUCAUCAGGCAAGGAGCACGUGGUGACACAUUCUUCAUCAUUAGCAAAGGACAGGUGAAAGUAACGAUGAAGCAGCCCAAUUCACUCGAGGAGAAGUAUGUCCGGACUUUGCACAAAGGUGAUUUCUUUGGAGAGAAGGCUUUACAAGGUGAUGAUCUGCGUACAGCAAAUAUUAUUGCCUCUGACCCUGAAGGUGUCACAUGUUUGGUGAUUGAUCGUGAGACAUUCAAUCAACUAAUAUCAAGUCUGGAUGAGAUUCGAACGCGCUACAAGGAUGAAGGUGUUGAACGCAGGAGGAUUGAUGAAGAGUUCAGGGACGUUAAGCUGUCAGAUCUACGUGUUUUGGCUACAUUGGGAGUUGGAGGUUUUGGCCGUGUUGAAUUAGUUCAGAUUGCAGGAGAUCCUUUACGUUCAUUUGCUUUGAAACAAAUGAAGAAAAGUCAGAUUGUGGAAACCAGGCAACAGCAGCAUAUAAUGUCAGAGAAGGAGAUUAUGGGAGAGGCCAACUGCAACUUUAUUGUCAAAUUGUAUAAGACAUUUAAAGAUAGGAAGUAUUUAUACAUGCUUAUGGAAUCUUGCCUAGGAGGAGAAUUAUGGACAAUUUUGAGGGACAAAGGGCAUUUUGAUGAUGGCACAACCAGAUUUUAUACUGCCUGUGUGGUUGAGGCUUUUGACUAUCUUCAUAGCCGUAAUAUUAUAUAUCGUGAUCUCAAGCCAGAGAAUUUGCUUCUUGAUAAUGCAGGGUAUGUCAAACUAGUGGAUUUUGGUUUUGCAAAAAAGCUGCAGCAUGGACGAAAAACUUGGACCUUCUGUGGCACACCAGAAUAUGUUGCACCCGAAGUAAUUCUGAAUCGUGGGCAUGAUAUAAGUGCUGACUACUGGUCUCUUGGAGUGCUUAUGUUUGAACUGCUGACAGGGACACCACCAUUUACUGGGGCUGAUCCAAUGAAGACAUACAACAUAAUUCUCAAGGGUAUUGAUGCCAUAGACUUUCCAAGGACUAUUACUCGCAAUGCCAUGGCACUUAUUAAGAAACUAUGUCGGGACAAUCCUGCUGAGAGACUUGGUUACCAAAAGGGUGGAAUUAGUGAGAUACAGAAGCACAAGUGGUUUGAUGGCUUUAAUUGGGAAGGUCUUCGCAAUCUUACAUUGACCCCACCCAUUGUGCCUGUUGUGCGCAAUGUAACGGACACCUCAAACUUUGAUGCCUACCCUCCAGACAGUGAUGGUCCUCCUCCUGAUGACCUUACUGGCUGGGAUGCUGACUUCUAAGGAAGUUUCAGAUUUACAGGGGAAAGUGCCAACAGCAGAAAGCCUGUCUGUCUCUCAUUGCAGGAAGGUUCAUUGCGUGUUUGCGACAAGAGCUGACAGAAUGCAGAUAAUGCGUAUGAAAUCAUGCUAUAGAUCCAUGUCUGCUUCAUCAUAUUUUCAAAGAAAUUAAAAUAACAAUUGUGAAAUUGUUUUCAAAGUCUCUCUUGGGCUGUGCUACCUCCUUUCAUCUUAUUCCAUUCACAGACUGAAUAUUUUUUGAUACUAAAUUGUAAAAAAUACCUUUAAGAGACCAGUACGCACACUAAAUGUAAUAUGCUUAUUACUUUGACACAUUGUUGCACAUUAAUCAUCUAUGUACUUGCCAAAUAUUGAGCAUAGUAGGAUGAAAAUCUUAAAAACACUCAAAUUUUUGAAAAUUCAAAGAAAAUAAACUAUAAUAAGUUAGAUCAUCACAAUAAUAAACAACAUGCUAGUUGGAAAUAUUAGGUACAAUAAUUGCAGUAUACAUUAUUAUGUUAUCCAUGUGUUUUUUGUAAUAAGAAUGUCAUUUAAAUAUGUGCGUCAGUAAUCUGUAUUACUAUCUCUCAUCCAGCAGAAUUUGAAAUGAUUUUCAACAAGUUAUAUUUUGUAAUAUAUAAUUUAUUACUUCCUCUUCAAGUAUACAUUUAUAAUACAAAACGUCUGAAUUACAGAAUACUACAAGGAUAACACAUAAAUAUUUAAACUAAUAAGAAUGAAAGGAAUAUUAUCUCGCACAGUGAAGAAGUGAGAUGAUAGACCAUGGCAUUUAUUACAUGAAAAAUAAUGUAAUUUGAAAACCUAUUUCCUUAAAUAUAA